AGGUUUGCUUGAAAAUUUCUCCCUGUUUCUCAUUGUGUUGAUUGCAGCGGAUAACACGGGAUCCCCCUGCACUAAGGGGUUGAGGUGCUGGAAUGUUAAGAGGAAUUUCUCUUUGCCAGCUCCACAAAUUGACCUUAAAAUCGCGAACAUUGCAGAAUGAACAUGGGGAUGUGUGCGUGCUUUCCGAUGUAGAUGUCUUUCAGACUGCCCAAAGUUUAGAGGAAAAAAUCGCUUCCCGCUUCUUAGCAGUUCUCCCUGACCCAAUAACACUUGUGAAUGCGACCAAUGCAAAUCGAAGGAGAUAAAACUUAACAACUGUAACAUUAAGAUUUGGAAUUUGUCAAAUCGCUCAAUACUUGGACGGGGAGACAAGUUUCAGCAAAAAAGAAUUAAAUAUCAAAUUAUAUUAAAUGGUUUGAAAUCUCAAGCACCGCAUCUCAGGGGAGCGUGAGAAAUAUACUUACCUGCUGAAAGUUCCAGUACUGUGUUGAACGAUGACCAACUGUUCUAUCGACCACAGUAUCCACCAAAUCCUGUUUCCCACGGUCUACAUUGCUGUCUUCAUCAUCGGCCUCCCGACUAAUCUCCUGUCCCUGUAUCACAGCUACCUGCAGAUCAGACAGAGGAACGAGCUGGGAGUCUAUCUCUGUAAUCUGACCAUCUCAGACCUGUUGUAUCUCAUUUCCUUGCCCUUCUGGGUUCAGUAUAUGCUGCAGCACAAUGACUGGGUCCACUCCCGGGCACUCUGCAUACUCAGUGGUCUGCUCCUCUACCAGAAUAUCUACAUCAGCAUUGGCUUCCUCUGCUUCAUCUCCAUUAAUCGCUUCCUCGCUGUGGCCUACCCUCUGAGAUUUCAAUUCUUCCACUCCAGGAAGGCUGCAGUGUACAUCAGUGUUCUCAUCUGGAUCAAGGAGAUUCCUGCUUGUGGCUUUUACAUACACUCCCAGGUUCUCAGUAAAGACAAUGAGAAUGACACCUUGUGUUUCGAACAUUAUCCUAUGCAGUCGGAGGACAGAUAUUUAAAUAUUCACAAGCUCUCUAUUGGAUUCUUCCUCCCUUUGAUUUUAUUCAUUUACGCUUACUAUAAAGUGCUGACAGUUGUCCAUAAGGUCCGAGGGCUUCAAGGAGAGAGGAAAUUAAGAAUAAAAAAAUUGGUUUCUGCAUCCAUCAUCAUUUUCCUGGUUUGCUUUGCUCCUUAUCACAUUCUCCUGAUGAUUCGAACAAUAUUCGAGUAUGAAUGUAAAUUUGCUGACAAUGUUUUUGAGCUUUACCAUUUUGGAGUUCUGCUGAUGAGUUUAAACUGUGUGGCUGAUCCCAUCUUGUACUGCUUUAUAUCUCAGAAUUCACACGGCUGGUUAACCAGGUUCCUGGAUCCUGUUACAAAUCUCAUUCCUUGCAGAACGAGAAAACAAACUGAAUAUGAAAUGCCCAGUUUGAAAUAAUUCCGGGCCUGUCCUCAAGCUCGUUUUUCUUUACCAUUCUCCCUUCCCAAGCCACUUGACUGCAGCUUUAUCAAACAAAAUUUGACACCAAGUCACAGAAGGAGAUAUUAUUGGCCCAGACUUUGGGAUAGAAAUAUCAGUGAGGCUGCUAAUUUGCUAUUGUCCGUUUUGUGUUCUCCCAAAACAUUUUCACUCCUCCCUUGCUACCUGAUCCCAAGAUCAUUCCAUUGUCAAUCCUGAGGUGUUUGGCAUGAAAUUAUUGAAACAUUUAAAUCCUGGUUGGACUCCCCUCAAUAUUAAUGUCACUGCUACACAUACUGAGAUAGACAAGGUGUUGGGGAGUCAAACAAUGGUACAACACUGAGUAUGACGUUCCCUAUUCUGACAGCUGGAGCGACUGACCCCUCUCUGAUAAAGUCCAACCACACAAUCCUUCAGCGAGGUUUAGCUUCAGUCUAGCCAGUGAGUACAUUGUGUGCAUUGAGACAAACUCCCACUCUGAAAAGUGUUGGGAACUUGACAGCAUUUACCAGCAGAAUUUAUCUACUCAGGGCUGAGGUUCUAAACAGCUUCGACAGUUUUGUGACUUUCCAAUCCAUCUUUUAGUUUUCCUGCCACAUAUUUCAUUCAGUGUCAGGAGUUGCGAAAGACUCUGUUCUGUCUCCUGUGUGUUCACAAACCUCAGCAUCGAACUGAGAUGAUCAGAAAUUAUGGACAGGGCAGAAUCUGACCUCGUUACUCUUUGGAUAACUGAACAAACUUACUUGCACCAAGCUUACUUUAAACAAGGAAACAAAGAAAGAGAUUACAUUUCUAAAGCACCUAUUACAACCUCAGGAUGUGCCAAAGUUCUUUAUAGCUGAUCAAGUACUUUUGAAGUGUAGUUACUGCCGUACUCUAGGAAACAUGGCUGCCAAUAUGGGCACAGCAAGCUUUACAAACAGCAAUAUGAUCCAUACAAAUAAUAACAAAUAAUAACAUAUAAUCACACAAUAAUCACACAAUACUGUGAUAAUGAAGCAGCUUUAUCCCUUCCCACACUGUCAUCAAAUACAAAGAUGAGUAUAGAUGUUUUAUCACCUUCCUGGCCUCAUCACUUUCGCUCUAAUUCUCCUCCAGCUCUACAACCCUCCCCGAUAUCUGAGCUCCUCCAAUUCUGGCCUCUAUGAGCAUCUCUGAUUUCUGUUAAUCCAGCAUUCACUGCUCUGCCUUCAGCUUCCUGGAGCCUGAACUUUGACAUUCCUUCGCUACCUGUCUUCCUCAUGAAAGAGAUACCUUAAAACUUACCACUUGAUCUUAUUUUUUGCUCACCUGUCCUAAUCUCUCCUUACGCAGCUUGGUGUCAAAUGUUGUUUGAUAAUCACUCUUGUGAAAUGCCUUGUGUCGGACAUAAAAGGAACCUUUAAACAAACUGACUACAGAAGCUUGACCAUUUUAACCAGCAUGCAUUAAAAACUGAAGAGUAGUAAGGGGACAAAUGCUUCUUCUCAGCCUGCUUAAAAAUAAACCUGCUGAACCGUGAAACUAAAUAAUGCUAUCGGGAAGAAGAGAUAGUGACGGUGAAGAGAGACAUUGGAAUGUGGAUCAAUCAGGGAUAGACCUUGGAGAUGGUCUGAGUGUGCUGUUGACCACAUCUAUGAACAGAUUUAUCUGGAUUGCAAGGGGCUUCAUGUGAUGGGAAAGUUACUGAAAGAUAGUUAGAGAUAGACAGACAAAUUUGGGGUGUGUUCAAACCAUAUGGUUUCAACAAAGAGCUCAUCAUAUGAUUGGACAUUGUCUUUUCAGCAGAAGGUUCAUAGGGCAAUAUGACUGUCAGUGAGACAACUCGGGUCUACCUUUAAAAAUGGGUGUAAGAGAUUAGAAACUUUGUUUUUUGUUUUUGUUUUCAAAAAAUAAACUUUUUUCAUAAAAUGUAUUGAGAUAAAUUAAAUAACAGUUCCAAUUUGAUGUUACAUAAAGUGCAAUACUGUUUAAUUUCUUUGAAUGCUGUAUGUGGCACUCCAAGUUACUUCAAUAUAUCAAUACAUUUUCAAACAGCUUAGAUUUACAAUUCUCAUUUCAUGUCAAACAUUCCUGGGUACGUUGUUCGGAGAUAAGCAUUAAAUGACAGAAUAGAAAAUGGUGUGAGGGAAAAUGAACAAAUACUGUACUUUAUGUGAUGGGGAAAUUACUGAAAGAUAGUUAGAGAUAGACAGACAAAUUUGGGGUGGGUUCAAACCCUAUGGUCUCAACAAAGAGCUCAUCAUAUGGUUGGACGUUGUGUUUUAAGCAGAAAUUCAUAGGGCAGUAUAGCUCUGUCAGUGAGACAACUCAGGUCUACCUCUAAAACUGGGUGUAAGAGAUUAGAAACAUCAGAGACCUUUCCUGCAGCCAACAGGAAGAUUCCUGACAUUGGGAUGGAAGCAGACCUGCAAUCAACAUGAGCUACCCACUUUAGGGUGAUUGUAUAGCUAGUACUGAUGACAUAUUUGAGCAUCCUGGUGCUAUAUAUUUUAGAAGUAUUAACUUGCUGGGAGUAGAAUAACAAAGCAGAUUUGAAAUUUCAUUAAUUUCCAUUUGCCUCAUCUGUUUUGAAUCUGUAAUUGUGCAUACAAAUAAGAAUACUCUAUUAAAUAGAACAAUGUUUUGACUAA